CACACUACAACACAGGCACGAGUGUGUUGUGAAUCUGUCUGUGUUGAAAAGAGUAACCUGUUGUAAAAAUGAUGAUAAUAAGUGGAAAAACUGGUUUGACUAUUUUAAAGUUAAGUAAUUAGCUAUGACAUUUAUUACCGUCUACAUCCAAAAUUAUUCCAUUUUUACAUUAGAGUACUGUUGAGCCGAAAGUUGAAAUUCAUUGCAAAAUGCCCGAAAUUCUAUCCAAGUGCAAUCCAGAUAUCGAAAAAGAACGGAAGAAAUGUACAUUCAAUACCAAAGAACUGACUGUUUUCUUGGAUAAAGGAGAAGAUAAAACUCAAGAAAGGAAAGCAUUAGAGAAUUAUUUCUUGAACGAUCCAGAAUUGAAACCAAAAAUACCCAUUGAAUAUUUAAGUCAUAAGGAGAAAUACAUCGAAGCUAUUCGUUUAUCAUGUUUAUUAUUCAAGAAGAUCAACAAAUGGUUAGAGAGGCAGGACGGAGGCAAUGCGAUGGAAGCUUAUCAAUCCGUUCUGGGUGGUUCUCUCGGCUCAGCUAUUCUGAAAGAAGGAUAUCCAUUUUCGGUUCAUUAUGUCAUGUUUAUACCAACAAUUAUGGGCCAAGGUACGAUGGCUCAACAAGCAUACUGGAUCAGCCGAGCUUGGAAUUGUGAAAUUAUGUGCACUUAUGCUCAAACUGAACUCGGUCAUGGAACUUUUAUUCGAGGAUUGGAAACCACCGCUACUUAUGAUCCUACAACCGAAGAAUUUAUUCUGAAUAGUCCCACGUUGACGUCGUAUAAAUGGUGGCCUGGUGGAUUGGGUCAUACUUGCAAUUACGCUGUUGUUCUUGCUCAGCUGUACACGAAAGGAAAAUGCCAUGGAAUCCAUCCAUUCAUCGUACAGCUUCGUGAUGAAGAUACCUGGCUACCAAUGCCAGGAAUAAAAAUCGGAGAAAUUGGUUGCAAAUUAGGAAUGAAUACCGUAAAUAAUGGUUACCUGGGUUUCGAACACGUUCGUAUUCCUCGGGAUCGUAUGUUGAUGAAGAAUAACAAAGUGUUGAAGGAUGGCACAUACGUGAAAUCUCAAAAUGAAAAAUUAACCUACGGAACGAUGAUUUUCGUACGAGUUGUUAUUGUUCGAGGUGUAGCAGCUACAAGUUUGGCUAAAGCGGUGACAAUAGCUACUCGAUACAGCGCUGUGCGCAGACAAAGUGAAAUGAAACCAGGUGAACCCGAACCACAAAUUAUGGAAUAUCAAACGCAACAGUAUAAGCUAUUCCCUGGCAUUGCAACCGUAUUUGCGUUGAAUUUUUCAGCAUCUUGGCUGUGGGAUGUUUACAACAGCGUAUCUUCAGAUUUGGAGCACGGUGAUUUAGAGAAAUUGCCAGAACUGCAUGCUAUGUCUUGCUGUCUAAAAGCAGUCAGCUCUAAAGAUGCUACAAAUAUGAUAGAAACAUGCAGAUUGGCUUGCGGAGGACAUGGAUACAUGACUUGUAGCAGUUUCCCCAAUGUUUACGGAACUUCGACUGCAGCUAUGACUUAUGAAGGCGAAAAUACCGUCUUAUUACUGCAAACUGCGAGAUACUUGGUGAAAGCUUGGCAUCAAGCGAGUACUUCUUCAAACGUAGCAGGUACGUUGAAAUAUCUGCAAGAUUACAAGACAGCUCAUAUGUAUUUACCAUGGGAGGAAUCCCUACCUUGUAUUGUGAGAGCUUUUCAAUUGGUUGCUGCGAGUAAAAUUAAAAAUUGCGCUGAAAACGUAGAUGGUUUAGUGAAAGAAGGCGUUAGUCCGGAAGAUGCUUGGAAUAGAAAUUCCAUUCAGUUGACCCAAGCUGCUGAAGCGCAUUGCAGAGCUUUUAUAGUGGACACAUUUGUGAAUCAAAUCAAGGAUUUAAAAGUAUCCGAACCAUUGAUGAAAGUUUUGCGUGAUUUAUGCGAGUUGUAUUCGGUUUAUUGGCUAUUGAACAACUUGGGCGAUUUUCUUAUGUAUUCCAAUUUGAAAGCAUCGGAUGUUCCGAGAUUACAAAAAUGGCAAGAAAAAUUAUUAGCGAGUAUUCGGCCGAAUGCUGUUGGCUUAGUGGAUAGUUUCGAUAUCCACGAUGAUAUUUUGGGUUCAGCUUUGGGUGCUUAUGACGGGCGCGUGUAUGAGCGUUUAUUCGAAGAAGCUAAUAAAAGCCCAUUGAAUGCUGAACCGGUCAACGAAUCUUUUCAUAAAUAUCUGAAACCGUUUUUAAAAUCUAAUAUUUAAUAAUAUGAUUAUAGAAUUCAUUCUGUGAUACAAACCGCAAAUUUUGAUGGCUUCAAAAGCCUGCUGUUAAAAUAAUUUCAUUCGUUACUGCACCAUUUUUAUAUAUGUUUAUGUUUUAUCGAGUUGUAGUUUAGUUGUACCUACCGAGGAAUAUUUAUAAGCGAUCUUGGACGCUAUUUAUUCAUGUACUUAUAUAGUUACUUUGUUAUACGUAUAUCAGUGUGGUAUUGGUGAAUAAUUUAUAGGUAUGUUUCAUAUUUCAUUUUCAUUCAUACGGUAGCAUUAUUAAAUCUAUUGUGUACCUUUGCUAUCCAUAUUUUUCAUGUUUAUAAGAUUGUUCAAAUGAUUUAACAUACUUAUUUAUUUAUUUAUUUUAUUUUAUUUAUGCAUCAUCAUUAAGCAUAUUUAUUUUUUAAAUAUUUUAAGCAUAAGUAUCGAUACUUUUAUUACGAUGUAUUUUGGGGGUUUAGAGCAAUAUAAUAUUUUUAAUUUGUU